UCUCUCUCUCUCUCUCUCCCUUUCUCAAUCUCUCUGCUGUAGGAUGCGGAGCCUCUCUGACGUCACGGGCAGGUCCGGCAGAAACAGAGCACCACAAGCAGAGCAGCAGCAGCAGCAGCGAGGAAGACUGUGACCAUUCAGCUCCGAGAGCAGGCGAACAGCUCCCCAGUGGUGCACCAGCCCAACUGUACAAUGCCCUUAGAGGAUGGAAAUGGAUGGAAAAAGAAGACUACUGAUAUCAAAGAAAAAUACGAUUUCAAGGAGGUCUUGGGGACGGGGGCAUUCUCUGAGGUAGUGCUGGCUGAAGAGAAGAGUACCCAGCGGCUGGUGGCUGUCAAGUGCAUCCCUAAGAAGGCACUGGAGGGAAAGGAGAACAGCAUCGAAAACGAGAUUGCUGUGCUGCACAGAAUAAAGCAUGAGAAUAUAGUUUCACUGGAGGACAUUUUCGAGAGUCAGUCUCAUCUGUACCUGGUCAUGCAGCUGGUAUCCGGUGGAGAGCUGUUCGAUAGAAUCGUGGAGAAGGGCUUCUAUACGGAGAGAGAUGCCAGUAAGCUCAUUCAUCAGAUUUUAGAUGCUGUGAAGUAUCUGCAUGACAUGGGCAUCGUGCACAGAGAUCUGAAGCCGGAGAACCUGCUGUACUACAGUAUGGACGAAGACUCCAACAUCAUGAUCAGUGAUUUUGGACUGUCAAAAAUCGAAGACUCUGGGACUGUGAUGUCAACAGCCUGUGGAACGCCUGGAUAUGUAGCCCCUGAAGUCCUGGCGCAGAAACCUUACAGCAAAGCAGUCGACUGCUGGUCCAUAGGAGUCAUUUCUUACAUUUUGCUAUGUGGCUAUCCUCCAUUUUAUGAUGAAAAUGAUGCCAAGCUGUUUGAACAAAUUCUGAAGGCGGAGUAUGAGUUUGACUCUCCGUACUGGGACGACAUAUCAGACUCAGCUAAAGACUUCAUAUGCCACCUAAUGGAGAAAGAUCCCACGCUGAGAUACACGUGUGAACAGGCCUUACAGCACCCAUGGAUUUCGGGAGAUACUGCUCUUGAUAAGAACAUCCACGAGUCCGUCAGUGCUCAGAUUAAGAAGAAUUUUGCCAAAAGUAAAUGGAAGCAAGCCUUCAAUGCCACAGCGGUGGUCAGGCACAUGAGGAGGCUGCAGCUGGGCACCAGCCUGGAGGGCUCAAGCCAAAUCACCUCCACCAGCCCCUGCCACAGACACCUGCUCCUGCCAGCCAAGGAGCAGCAGCAAGAAGAGGAGGAGGAACAAGAGGAGGAGAGCGGUUCUCCUGGUGGAGACGGUCGGCGUGGAAGCGCUGAUCGAGACAGUCUGAGAAGCUGUGCGUACUGCUGCAGACCCGCCAGCAGGAUCUGAGAGACCUAGCAGUGUGCAGAACCCAGAGGAACCCAGCAGAUCUCAUCACACACAUACUCCUACCACCACCAGUCUGGCUCUGAACACAGAGCUAUUCCAUCAGUGUCCAACAGAGGGAGCUAGUGCAAGCAGAAACGAGCGUGGAAUGAAGAUUAAAGAAGAGAUGAUCGCAGAGGAGUUUGAACACUCUGCAUGAUGGCCUGACAUUUACCCCUCAUUCUCUUAUUACACCCACGUUCUGUUUUGUUAUGCUUCAUAUCCCAACCAAAGAAAAUCAUAUUUGUGUUCAACUGUGAGACUCUUUUAAGAGUUGUUAGAAGAAUUAGACUCCAUUUAUGACCUCUAAGGAGAGUUUGGGUGCUUUGGUAACACAAUGGUCACUUCUAUGAAUCAGACAGGUCAUGGUUUGUUAGUUAAGCACUAAAAAGAGCAUUUAAGGAACUCAAGGUAAUCAUACUCCCCCCUGAUCUUUGUUAGGCUUGAUUUUAAAGUUCCCUUGCCUUAAUCCAUGGUGUAUUUACUCUAAGUAAGGUCUAUGCAGUGUCUGUAUCACUGACCCUGUGUCCUGCGUCAGACUGGUUCUGAAAUAUCAGAUGGUAUUGCACAGCAUUGAGCUGAAGCCUCCGCAUGUGUGAUUGGGACUGUGGUUUCACGUCUAUGGAAAUCAAUGGAGGGGGACAGAAUGGCUGUCCUGACAAAGGCUCAAACUGAGAUCCCUGCAGCCCGUCAGUCAACAUCAGCACAUGUGAACAGAUAUCAGAAUUUAGCAGUUUGAUGGCGAGAGGCUAAGUGUGAGACUGAAAUCCACUUCUAACCCUAAAAAAUAUUAAAUGUUGGUCCCUGAAGCAGCCUCUCCUGAUCUGCACUAUAAAAAUAAAGGUGUCAAACAGGGCUCUUUGGGGUGAUGCCAUAGAAGAACGAUGUUUGGUUCUCUAGGAAAUAAGGGAAUAAUGUUUCAGAAAAUUUAUAAUUUAAAGUGAUACAUUUUUUGAUACACCAAAGUAAGGAGUAGCUUAAAAUGUGCCUUACGUUAAUAUGUUAAUGUUUCUACUUUCAGUUUAAUAAAGCAUUCAACAAUAUAAAAGUAUAUCAUACUUUUAUAUCAUGUAACAAAAGGUGUAUUUCAUAGAAUCCAAUCGGAUGGUCUACCCACAAACUAAUAUUACAUCAAUAUGCUGCAAUACAAUAUUGUUACAUUCCUUUCAAGGAACAUUGCUAUGGAUGGUUCCUUAGAGCAGCUGUUCUCUAACCUGUCCUCAGGGAACCCCAGAUUUGUGCUCUGUCCCUGUGUCGGGACUUAGGAUUGAGCAACAGUGUGGACCGUCUGGGCAUCCCUGAGGAUCAGUUGGUGAACCACUACCUCAGGGAACCAUUUUUGUAAAUGAAAUUUGCAAGUGUGAGGAACCUUGUGUAAAUAUCCUUUAUGUAAUAUACAGUUUUUUUGUUUUUUUUUAACUAGAACUUCAAACCAAGAACGAUUUCAGAGCUAGAGAUGCACGAUGACAUUGGAUUCAUAUCAUUAUGAGCAGAUAAUUGCUUAAAAACAACAUCAGCAUCAGACAGAUGUUUGGAUUUGACCAAACUGAUAUUUAAUAAUGUAUUUACUCCAGAAGAGCAGAAUGUUUAGGUGAUGCUGGGUUUCUGCGCCAGAAUGUCUGCAUUUUAUUCAUUUUCCUGCAUUUGUAACUCUAUAGAAAUAAAUAUCAUAUUUCUCUGUAAUGCUAAUGCAAGUAGAUGUAGUCCCACUACCUACAUUUUAUAAAUGUUUAUGUAUCGGAAUUAGCAGUCACAGAUAUGAACAUGAAAAAUAUUGAAUAUUGGCAUAGUCCCGCAGUUUCCAUAUUGUUGCAUCCCUGUUUGAGAACCUUAUUUUUAAGAGUGUUUGUCAGCAUUUCAAAGUCACCUUUUCUAGCUGCGUUGUUUUUGAAUUCAGUAGAGACUAUUUAUUCAGUGCCAUUCAGAACCAUUCAGCAGUGUAGAAUGGGCUACAUGCAUGGAUGGUUAACGCCAGUGUCAGAAGUGAACUUUUAUAACUGAACUGCUCCUAAAACGUCCAGUCUUAAGUGAUUGAGAAGCGAGUGCUGGGUGUUAGUAGUGUGCGAAGGGCUUGUUUGGUCUUUGACAUGUUCGGGCAGGGAUCUCAGCUUUGGACCGUUGGCCGUAAUCUGUAUUGUGCUCCUCUGAGAAGACGUCUAAUGUUUGCAUGACCUCGUAAAUGUUUACAUAAGCGAUGAUAAACAUAUGAGAAAUAGAUAUUAUUAUUAACACUAUGCUAAUAUAUGAAGACUGACUGAAACUUUUACUGUAUAUGAUGUUGGAGACACAAGGUAUUUUGGCACUAACGGGGGCAAAACGUUUGAAUACUGCGUGAAAUGCACUUGAUAGAUAACAGUGUCGUUUUUUUUCCUCAAAGUACAUGGAAUAUUGUUUGUACAACAGAUAUUAUUUAAAGCCCUUAAAACAUUUUGUCUGUAUCGGCUGACACUUAAAGAUUAAGAAUAAUGUGGCGACAUUAACAGACUUUUAUUUUGUCAUUUUGUUGGUUUGUUUUUAAAAUAUGGUCUUUCUAAUUUCAGAGCGAAUUUGACCAUCCAAAAAUAGAAGAAAACAGUCAUCAGAAUAGUAUUAAUUGUCCUCCUACUGCUACAACAUGACUUGGUGCUCAUAAUGGGCAGCAAAUGACUCAGUUAACAAUCAGUGGAGCAGUGUGUGGCAGUCUAUAUUAAAAUUGAGUGAGCAAAUUUAUAGAUUUAAGCUUAGCAUUGGCAAGCGCAGUAUUAUGAUUAAGAAUGCGACUUAAUGGCUCUAAUAUCUGAUUUGAUUUCUUCCCAUUUUGAGUGAAUAUUCAAUUUCAUUGUUUUAAGUGAGAACAGAUGCACUUGUCAAUUUCAAAUGGAGAAGAGACACAACUAUGUGCAUUAUAUAUAUAUAAAAAAUGAUGUAUAGGAAGAUUGUAUAUCUUUUUUUGUAAAAGCUGUUUUGAGCUACAAAUGUAUGGAUGCAAUGCAUCAUGGGUUAUUGACGGAGUCACAAAGAGCCAAUGAUUUGUACCCUUGAGGAUAUUGUAGCAGGUUAUGAAAUAAACACUCUUGUCUAUGCAUUGUGUGUUCAGUAAGAUUUAUGUGUACAGUGCAAAUAAAGUUCACAUCAAAGUGCUAUGCAAA